UUUAUUCUCUAGUAAUCAUCCAUCCACAUGGGGGUGCUGUGAUGCGUUUACGGUCUCACUAAUGACUGACACAAACAGAAGACGACAAUACGGACGUAAAACUGGGAGAGCGUUUGUUUUGUUUGUGGCUAGUGGCUACCAUUUUUCCUCGUGGACGAAGCCAUACCACAGGCAAAAGGGGUUAGUUAUUAGUAUAUUUGGCCAUACUAGUUUAAUACCCACCUUUCAGUCGUCUGAAAAUGUCUACAUUACAGAUGUUGCGCGUGUUCUUAAAUGAGCGUUUAACAGCGGCUGCUGUGGAGAUUUUUGGGGCAGUUGAGAAAACGGUAGCCGAGUACCAGGAGGAGAAUGAUAAUCUGCGGAGACUGCUGCGGAUAACCCCGGACAUAAACCAAUGUAGAAAAGCGUAUCUCAUGAGCCAGUUUCAUCAUGACACUUGAAGAAACUUUAAAUGUUCUUGAAAUGUUCCAUAUUGACCUGACCUUCAUGUCUUACAAGUCCCUUCAGUUAUCUGUUGCUGUCACUGAAGACGAGGUUCCCCCUAAGCAGCAGCACUCUGAGCAGGAGUGGAGAACCAGUCUACAGCAGGAGGACCGAGAACCCACACAGAUUAAAGAGGAACAGGAGGAACUCUGGACCUGUCAGGAGGAAGAUUUCAGUGUGUUCAAAUUACCUCCUUGUGUGAAAAGUAAAUGUGAUCAGGAAAACCCACAGUCCUUUUCUCUUCCCCAAACCCAGACAGUGGAGAACAGAGACAGUAACUCUAAACCAGUGGACCUCCCACAUUUUGUCACCGUUACCCAUCUAGAGGGUCUCGACAUUCCCUGUGACCCUCCAGAUAAUCAAAACUAUAGCCACAGCUCAUCUGUAAGCGGUGACCUAGUAGGACUUAGGCUGCUGUCACCAUUCCAUCACAGCCCACCACUGGAUCCCAACCUAUCAAUGGGGGAACACUGUCCCAAACCCAGCACCACGUCUAGAAAAACUCACCGCUGCUGUGACUGUGGUGAAACGUUUGCUCUGACAGCUGACCUGCAGGAGCAUGUGACUCUCACCAAGAGACCCAGCGAAUGCCACCUCUGCAAAAAACGCUACAACUCCACCUGUAAAUUGAAGGCCCAUGUCAGAUUCUGUCAUGUGGAGAGACCCUGCAUCUGCCCCUUUUGUGGAAAGACCUUCAAACUCAAAGGACAUCUUUCCAGGCAUAUGAGGAUUCACACAGGAGAGAAACCAUUUGGCUGUGGUGACUGUGGGAAGAGCUUCAUUCAGAAGGGGGACUUAAUGAGACACAUACUUACUCACACAGGAGAGAAACCAUUUAGCUGUAAAGACUGUGGGAAAAGCUUCAAUCGGAAGGGGAACCUAACUGAACACAUACGGACUUGCACAUACUGAGUUACACAGGAAAGAAAGUUCCCAAAGACAAAGUAAUUAGGACAAAGACAACAACACUCUUUGGAAAAGCAAAGCAACUCUGGCUCAUUCAUUCUGUGGGUUUCAGAUAAAUCAAUGUCAUGAAUUUACUUUUGCAAAACAUAUGUAAAGGUUUGAUUUGAUCCAACAAUAGUGAGUAAUUAAAUUCAUGGUCUGCUUUUCAAAGUCUCUUGAUGUAUUCAUGUCAUUAUAGACAGGAAUUCCUUGUUUGUUUUGGAAUGUCUCGAACAGUCCAAGAAAUUGUCCUUGCAUUCGUCAGAUCAUUUUUCAAACCUAUAAAACUGAUCUAUGGUCAAAUGUGGUUCCCCUCAUGGUUAUGAGUAGGAUUUGAGGAGCCAGUGGAGGGUAAACCAAUCCUGGGAGGGCAACACUUACCAUGGGAGGGCAGCAGGCAAUGAGUUGGAAUAAUAAAAACUAUUUAUUGCUUAAGAGAAUCAUUUUUAUUUUCUCGAAAUAAAAUGCAUUGAAACAUUGACAAACACAUUAGUCCUUCACAAAGUCACAGAACCUCAAGGAAUUAUUACGCAUUAAAACAAGCUGCCGUAAUUUGAACUCCAAUGUCAAAACGCCCAACCCCAUUUCAACAAAAAUAUUGACAUUACAAGUGCGUGUCCAUUUUAAAAUAAAUGACAGAACUUUACAAAGAGGGGUAAGAUUCCACAUCUUUCAGUACUAGUGAUUCCCAGAUAUGCUCUAUUGGGUGCGAGUUCUGUAACUGCAUGAUAUUGUCAUUUUCUACAGUGUAAUUUCUACACCAGCUCGAUGUGAAUGUUUGAUCAGUUACGUAAAAUACUAAAUGUACCAAGCGUGUUCAUGGAAGCGCUGGCACUGAACACAGUCUAUUCACUUCAUAUCCCCUGAUAACUAUUGAAAAGAUAUAAGAAAUGCAGGCAAAACAGACAAAACGUCUACAAGUAUAGUGCCCACAGAAGUUCAACUGUCACAUCUUGGGGGAAUUUAAAUAAACCAUUACAUCUACAACCAUUAACCUUCAUUCUCUAAAACAAUAUCUGCUUUAAAUCUAUAAAUAAUGUCACCUAUUUUUCAUUUACCAUACCUUAUAUUCUCUACAGUACAAAAUAAAAAUCCAGUGGGUUCCCUUCAUUGC